UACGGUAUCGAUUUUUCAAAUCUCAAAACCGGUGUAUACCGGUUCAUUUCUAAAAUAUGUCCAAAAUCGGAUCCGUUACAUCCCUAACUGAGACUACUUCUAAUUUAGCCGAGUUCACCUUCAACCCUGAAGUAGCUUCCGAGCAUAAAAGGAGUGCCCUCAAAGCUCGAAUUUGAUCAUCACUGGCACCACAAAAGAUUAGGGUAUCAUUGGCAAAUAAUAGGUGUGAUAUGUGAGGUGAGCCAAUAUUUUCCUCCUAAAUCUGGAUAAGAUCUCGUCCUCUACGACACCUGAAAUCAUCUUGCUAAAAGCUUACAUUACAAAAAAAAAAAAAAAAGAAAAAAGAAAAAAGUGGCGGGGAUAGUGGGUCACCUUGUCUCAAGCCUCAUGAGCUUUUAAAAAAGCUCUUAGGUGUUCCAUUUAUCCAAUUGACUUUGUCAUAGGCCUUCUCCAUAUCAAGUUUAAGCCCUGACACUCCCGACUUGAGUCUGUUGUCCAAGCAUUUGUUGGCAUGACAUGAUAUAACUUGGAGUGCCAUAAAUUGAUUAGAAGACCACAAUUGCCGGACUCGAUUGAGGAACCCAUCUGAUUUCGACCACAUGUUUUCAAACUUCAAGUAUCUUGGGCCACCACGAAUACCUCCACAAUCAAGAAGGAUGGGAAAGUGAUUUGAGCACAACUUGGGGAGUUUCUUUUGGAUAAGCUCCAGGUAAUGUGCUUCCCAUGCAGGUGAUACUAGGAAUCUAUCAAUCCUUGACCACGAGUAGUUUUCUCGAUUGCUCGACCCAGUGUAGGUGCCAUCUGCAAUAGGAAGAUCUAGUAAAUCUUGUUCAUAGUUAAAGUUAGAGAAAUCUACCAUUACUGAAUUGAAGCUAGAGCCACCCGAUCAUUCACUUGGGAAUCAAGGAACGUUAAAGUCACUACCAAUACACCAAGGUAAAUCCCAUAUACUGCUUAGGCCAGCCAAUUCAUCCCAUAGUACACUUCUACUAGACAUAAACAUUUGCAAAGGCCCAUUGAUAUCCAUCCACAACGUUCUUGAACAGGCAAGUCACCAUAUAAUCCCCCAUACAAUCUUCUAACUUUUCCACCACUCUUUUAUUCCACAUCACUAAAAUGCCACCCGAUGCUCCAUUGGUGGUAAAUAAUGCCACACUACUUGAUUACUACACCACAAACUCUAAAUAGUGCUUAGGGUGAUAUAUUCCAAUUUUGUUUCUUGUAGGCAAACGAUGUCUACUCUUCAACUAUGUAAUUGGUUUCUAAGUUUGAGACACUUUUCCUUCUCAUUCAACCCCCUCACAUUCCAUGACACAAUUUUUGGCUUCAUAAAACAACAUCCAUUGCCCCUCCCUUUGAUCUUCCAUGAGGAGUACUCCUUGCUCCUACUCCAUCGUUGACUGUUCAGUUAAGCCUUUUUAAUUCUCUAGCUCUCUUUUUUGCUGGAUUGAUCUCACUUGGUGAACUAGAGUGAGUCUGUCCAACCUCUAUAGCUGCGAGGAGAGCUAUAAAUUGGUCCUCAAAACUAUCGCACAAUAUAUCCCACACAAUUUUGAAUCUACUUGGCUUUGUCUAAAACCCAAUCAGAAAUGUGGAUGUUGCUUCUUGGGUGUAGAGAAUUUAGUGGUGUUGGUGCUUCCCAAUAUGCAUCCUUACUGACCAGAGGAUUUGCUUGCAUCUCACCCACCCUAUACGAUAUAGAACAUGACAUCUGCCACUGCUCUUCCUCGACACCAUCUGAAUUGUACACAACCAUGGCUUUAUCUGGGAUUUCAUUUUCCUCUGUAUUACCUACUUCAGUAGCCCCACCCUCUGUUUGAUCCUUCCCAAAGCUAAAUAAAUUGCCUAUUUCCAGGGAUGAUGCUUUCUGGGGUGAUACCAUGGUGUUAUCCUCCAUUUGAACUUCCCAGGCGACAUUUUCUUCUUAAAAACAGGGUAUUGUUAGUUUUUGUCGUCGGUGUUGCCAUUCUGUCGGCCAGGACACUAGGCACCAGCUCGACUUGCGUUCUUUCGUUGGUGGUUUCUGUGCAGGGGACAAGUCCCCAGCACUCCAAUGGCUGUUUUGCAAUGUCAGAGGAUGACCCAACUUCAAAGUUAGAGUGUCAAGCGAUUUUAGCCAACUCUGGGUCGGAUGGCCCUUAGAACUUUGGGCUUGUAACUUCUGUUUCUCAGCCCAUGAUUGUCUUGUACCCCUGAUGCCCAUGAACUUCUUGCCAGCAGCCUCCCUCGCUUUCUUUCUUGACUCAAGCCUAGAACCAUAUCCUAUUUCCUGGUUUACCCGCUGUAUUAAGCCACUGACCUUCUCUCUCAAGUUUAUCAACUCUGUUUUGAGGUUGUGUAGAGUCAUCCUUUCUACGUCACACCCCUUUGUCAGAGAGUCACUAUCCCUUCUUGCGUAACCUCUCGUGGUUGUCAGUGCCUUAGACCUCCAAUCUGUACAAGUCUCACUAACGGUAACUUUUCCCUCCACGAAAUACUUAUACUGCCCGUUCAUACUCUGGUUCUACAUCCCUUCUCAUCUUAAUUUCUCCUCGAUUUUUCUGGCGUUGCUGUUGGUGACUGGCACUGAGCAUGAACCUUUGCACACUUCCCCGCAUGUGCUCAUUCUCAUCUGCCUUUUGAACAUUUCGGCCCCCCUAUAUCCCUUCGCUCUUCAUUUUUUCCUGUAGUGCUACAUAGGCCACACAAUUCCAUACCCAUCUUCUUCCAUUCUUUACCUUCCACUUCUUCAAGGAUGAUGAUAUGGCUCUUUCUCCCACUACCUCUAUACUCAACUAUAGUCAAGUAUCUGCCAAAUGCAUAGGAGGAUCUCUGUGCAAGAAAAGCGCUGCUGCCUAAGUUGGAUGUUCUGAUGAACUUGCUGUAACCAUCCAACCUGGAACAUUGUUCUAAGGUUUGUGUGCGCGACCUAUGAUGCAGUUGGUCUACCUAGUAACAGUUCUUUAGUCACCUUCCUACCUCUUUCUAUAAUGCAUAUAUAGCAGCCACCUUCAACUGAAAUCUCAAAUAUUUUUGUUUCAAUGAGAACAAUCUUCGAAUAGCCCAUCCGUCAAGAAUUUGCACCUCUAAUUAAGCUCUAAAUAAAUCUAGAACUGGUAAUUGUCACCAGCGAGACUCAUCGGGGGCGAGAAGCAAGAGAUGUGAGCAGGUGUACGGAGAGAAAAAAGAUGCACAGUCUUGUGCUCAUAUACUUCUGGAGGAGGACUUGCGUAAAGAAUAUUUGAAGAAGAUGAGAAGUCCUAAGAUAGAGCCUCUGAAGAAGACUGAGUUGAUGAAAGUGAUAGUUAAAAAGUGUAAUAACUUGACAAGCGGCAAUAAAGCAGUAAAGUGCUCAAGAUGCGGAUACGUAAAUGUUUCAGUGAAGAGGGCCAUGUCUAUGCCUGGCAUUCUUCAUGAGCGUCAAAAAUGUAAUGAUGGGAGUGUGGAAGAAUUCAGAUCAGCCAUUUCUCACACCAAAGAGUCAAAGUCGCCCUUCAACGUGGCUACUUAUAUUCUUAACCCUGUACAAGUUCUUGUUCUUUUUAAAAGGAUGCUGGAUGAGGAUUGCGAGUUGCUUUAUCUUUCUGAUAGACCGGAGAAACUCAUGAUAACAAAUAUUGCUGUGCCUCCUAUACCUAUUCGUCCUUCUGUCAUUAUGGAUGGAUCUCAAAGCAAUGAAAAUGACAUUACUGAGAGGCUAAAGAAAAUUAUUCAGGCAAAUGCUAGCCUUAGCCAGGAGUUAUUAGAAGCAAGCUCUGCAUCCAAAUGCCUGGCUGGUUGGGAUAUUCUUCAACUUGAGGUUGCGCAAUACAUAAAUAGUGACGUUCGUGUUCCAUUCACAAUGCAAGUUUCCAAGCCAUUAGGUGGUUUCGUUCAGCGCCUCAAGGGGAAGCAGGGACGCUUUCGUGGGAACUUGUCUGGGAAGCGUGUUGAAUAUACUGGCAGGACCGUCAUAUCCCCUGACCCUAACUUGAAAAUUACUGAGGUUGCAAUUCCCAUCCAAAUGGCUCGAAUCUUAACUUAUCCUGAACGUGUUUCCCAUCACAAUAUAGAGAAAUUGAGACAGUGUGUCAGUAAUGGCCCAGAUAAGUACCCAGGUGCAAGAAUGCUCACACAUACUGAUGGUUCUAUGAGGUCCCUGUUUCCUAGUGUUAGGAGGAAACUUGCUGAUGCACUGAAAUAUGGUGAAAUAGUUCAUCGUCAUUUGGAAGAUGGCGACAUUGUUCUUUUUAACAGACAACCAAGCUUGCAUCGGAUGUCUAUCAUGUGUCAUAGGGCAAGAAUCAUGCCUUGGAGAACAUUGAGAUUCAAUGAAUCAGUGUGCAACCCAUAUAAUGCUGAUUUUGAUGGUGAUGAGAUGAAUAUGCAUGUACCACAGACUGAGGAGGCUCGAACAGAAGCUGUUAUGCUAAUGGGGGUGCAAAACAAUUUAUGCACACCAAAAAAUGGAGAGAUUUUGGUUGCUUCCACUCAAGAUUUUCUAACGUCUUCGUUUCUCAUUACAAGAAAGGACACAUUUUAUGACCGUGCAGCCUUUUCUCUUAUGUGUUCUUAUAUGAUGGAUGGCAUGGAUUUUGUUGAUUUGCCAACUCCUGCAAUUCUGAAGCCAAUAGAGCUUUGGACUGGUAAGCAAUUAUUUAGCGUUUUAGUUCGGCCACAUACAAAUGUGAGAGUCUAUGUAAAUCUUACUGUAAAGGAGAAAAAUUACAUGAAGCCUAAAGAAGAAGGAGAAAGAGAAAUGGAUGCUAUGUGCCCUAAUGAUGGGUUUGUUUACUUCCGUAACAGCGAGCUAUUAUCUGGACAACUAGGGAAAGCUACUUUAGGAAAUGGGAAUAAGGAUGGACUUUUCUCUAUUCUUCUUAGGGACUAUAAAGCACAUGCUGCUGCUGCAUGCAUGAAUCGUCUAGCCAAAUUAAGUGCUCGAUGGAUAGGUAAUCACGGGUUCACAAUUGGGAUUGAUGAUGUCCAACCAAGUAAAUAUUUGAACGAUAGGAGACAGGAAACAAUCUCUAAAGGCUAUCAAGGUUGUGAUGAGAAAAUAAAGUUGUAUAAUGAAGGAAAUCUACCACCUGAAACUGGUUGUGAUGCUGCCCAAACACUAGAGGCUGGGAUAACUAGAAUAUUAAAUAAUAUUCGAGACGAGACUGGCAAGGUCUGCAUGAAAGAGUUACAUUGGCGAAAUAGUCCAUUGAUUAUGUCCCAGUGUGGUUCCAAAGGAUCUCCGAUCAAUAUUAGCCAAAUGAUUGCUUGUGUUGGUCAGCAGUCAGUUGGCGGUCGUCGUGCUCCUAAUGGGUUCAUAGAUCGGAGUCUUCCUCACUUCCCUAGAAAAGCGAAAACCCCUGCAGCCAAAGGGUUUGUUGCUAAUUCUUUCUACAGUGGUUUGACUGCCACUGAGUUUUUCUUCCAUACAAUGGGAGGGCGAGAAGGCCUUGUGGAUACGGCGGUAAAAACAGCUGACACUGGCUAUAUGUCACGAAAAUUGAUAAAAGCACUAGAGGACCUAUCCAUCCAAUAUGAUAACACAGUACGGAAUGCGAGUGGAUGUAUAGUUCAAUUUCGUUAUGGGGAUGAUGGCAUGGAUCCUGCAAAUAUGGAAGCAAAAAGUGGAUCUCCUUUAAAUUUUGAACGAUUGUUUAUGAAGGCCAAGGCCACAUGUCCUUCUGGAGGAACUGAAUACCUAUCUCCAUCUGAAGUGUCUGAAAGAGUAGAAAGCAGAUUUUCAGAAAUUGAUAUGACCCCUGAGGGUGGUUGCUCCGUGGCUUUUAAAAAAUCAUUCCAGAGCUUCUUAGAUGAUUAUGGAAAAUCCUUGGAAAAAACAAUGGACACAUUUAGAUCAGUUGAAAAUCUUGCUGCAAAGGAAAAUUCAGAAAUUCAGGAAAAAAUUGUCAAAAAUAUAUCUGGCGUUACUCCUAAACAGCUAGAGGUUUUCUUGAACACCUGUAUCUCUCGUUAUCAUCUGAAAAAAAUAGAAGCUGGAACUGCGAUUGGAGCGAUUGGAGCUCAAAGUAUUGGAGAGCCUGGGACACAGAUGACACUCAAAACCUUUCACUUUGCUGGAGUUGCUAGCAUGAAUGUUACCCUUGGAGUUCCUCGUAUCAAAGAAAUAAUGAAUGGGGCCAAAAAAAUCAGUACGCCCAUCAUCACUGCAGCUCUCAACUGUGAUGAUAACGUGAAUGCUGCACGGAUGGUACGAGGUCGCAUUGAGAAAACAAAUUUGGGACAGGUUGCUAAAAGUAUAAAGCUGGUAAUGACUUCGAGAUCAGCAUCACUAGUUGUCAAGCUUGACGUGGAAAGAAUUCGAGAUGUUCAAUUAUGUAUAGAUGCUAAUAUUGUGAAAGAAUCAAUUAUACAAACUCCAAAACUCAAACUGAAGAACGAGCAUAUCAAGGUUUUGGAUGUUGGGAAGUUGGAAAUUCUUUCUCCAGAAACUGAUAAAAGUAAAAUUCAUUUUCAUCUCCACUCUCUCAAAAAUUUGCUUCCAAUGGUUAUAGUGAAGGGUAUAAAAACUGUGGAACGUGCCAUCAUUAAGAAAGAACAAAAUAAAAAAACGAAGACCAUCAAGUACAGUUUGCUGGUAGAAGGAGCGGGUCUUCAAGAAGUUAUGGGUACGGAAGGAGUUGAUGGAUGCAAAACAACAAGUAAUCAUGUUAUUGAAGUGCAGCAGACACUUGGCAUUGAAGCUGCCAGGAAGUGCAUCAUUGAGGAGAUAAAAUAUACAAUGGAAAGCCAUGGAAUGAACAUAGACAUUAGACAUAUGAUGCUCUUGGCAGAUUUGAUGACAUUCAGGGGUGAAGUGCUUGGAAUCACAAGAUUUGGGAUUCAAAAAAUGGACAAAAGUAUAUUGAUGCUGGCUUCAUUUGAGAAGACGGCAGAUCAUCUUUUCAACGCUUCCAUAAAUGGUAGGGAUGACAGGAUUGAAGGAGUAAGUGAAUCCAUAAUCAUGGGUAUACCGAUGCAGAUAGGCACUGGAAUGCUCAAAGUUAGACAAAGAGUUGAUCUACCUUCAGAGCUACGUUAUGGGCCAGAUCCAAUUCUAUCUUGACAUAAAAAAGUUGCUGCAAAGUUUUUGGAUCAUUUUUGGGCAGUGUAGUGGAUAUGGAUUAUUAGAAUGCUCCAGUUAAUCAAGGUUGAGAAAUGUGUCUAUAAAGGUGAAGUGAAUACUCAGUUUAUCUAAUGAUAUAUGUGUUAGCUGGAACAUCUAUUUUAAAGGUGAUCAAGUCUUGUUGCAUA